ACAUGAAUGUCUUGUAAAAAUGUCCACCAUUACCAUAUGAAGUACUAACAAUAUAAAAAAAUAUAGCUGAAAGAGAAAGCUUACUACUGUUCUGUAUUCAUAGUAUCUAUGCUGUACUGUACUGUGUGAUAUAAAUGCAGCACAAAACCCAGGCCUUCGCUAUGAUGAGCCUACAACAAGUCAAGGCUAUGUCACUGUGUGCUAAAGUGUUGUCUGGUGUCAUCGUGUUGUUCUACUUGUUCAGUUUCUCUCCGUUCCUCCAUAACAACCUCGCCAUGACACCAGCUUUUGUGUCUCCACCAAGCAUGAAGAUCUGGACCCUGAUAACAGCUCCCUUCUAUGAAAACAGAAUCAUAUUUGUUGCUAUGGACCUUGUUGCUGUGAUUGGGUUUUCCACCAUCCUAGAGCCACUGUGGGGCAUCAAGGAGUUUAUGAUAUUCACAGGUGUGGUGGGUGUGGCCAGUCUGCUCUCUGGUGUUGUGUUCGCCAUCUUCCUCUAUUCUGUCACUUACUCGUACGAUUACAUGUUGGUUCCGUUCCAUGGUCUGGUAGCUCUUGCCUGUGGGUACGUGGUGGCAGUCAAGCAGUUCCAUCCAGACAGUGUGGCCUUCCCCCCUCCUGCUCCGCCCACCUUUAGGGUCAAGCACCUCUCUCUACUCAUCAUCACCACGACGACGGUCCUGGCACUAGUGGGUGUGGUCUCGUACGCCUUCUUCUGGCUGUCCCUGAGUGGUACAGUAUCAGGAUGGAUCUACCUUCGAUUCUACCAGAAGAAGGAGCAGGGGAGCAGAGGGGAUAUGUCAGAGAGCUUCUCUUUCGCCACUUUCUUCCCCGAGCCAAUACAACCUCCACUGGCUACGUUGGGUGGCUUCCUAUAUCACGUCCUAGUCAAGAUCAAGGUGUGCCCCAAGGCAGUGAGGACCUACGAUGUGAGUGCCCCCUCCACCAUCCGUCUCACUUUACCAGGGACUGACCCCCUCGACGCUCAGAGGAGAAAACAGAGAGCAUUGAAGGCACUGGACGAGAGACUCAACAAGAACGAUGAGCCAUUGAGCUGGCCCUCUCUUGAUGACGCUGGUACAAGCAGUCAAGAGGAGGAGAUAUCACAAGCUGUUGGUGCGGUGCAACUAGAAGCUGUGGUGGUGCAAAGUCACCCUCCUCCUAGUGUGCCUACAGAGACUAUUACUGAUCAAAGCAAAGCAUCGUCUAGUGCUAGCUUGCAGACUGCAAAGACAGAGCUAGUUUAGUGUAUAAUUAUCAUUCUUCACAUGCAUCACACAUCUACUUGUGUUAAUUGUGUUAUGUUAUCAUGGCAACUAGCUAAUGAAUAAUGAAUUUGCAAACA